UUCAAAAACAUUUGUAGGCGGUUCUUGUGUAACUUCAAAAAUGUUUUGUCAACUCGACAAUGCAUUAUUUUCUGCAUCAUGUUAAUGAUGCAUCUGGAAAUAUUGGUAUUCUUCUGUCUAUUUUAAGCAGAGCUGCUAUGUCUGGGUCCUGGCAGGAGUAGCAUUACCAUAAAGAGGAAAGGAUAUUUUGUGGUGUCGGAUGCUUCCGCCCUUAUAUAUCAGAUCGGGGCGAUCGCGUCUGCUUGUGGCUGCCCGCCUCUACCCUUGAACUCUCUCACCACCCAGUGCUACUUCCACGUUCAAGUCCAAGUUUCUUGUCAGAGAAAGAGAACAACAUCAACAGCCAAGAUGUCUGAGAAAAAGAUGACAUCGAGUCGCAAGCAUCACCUGAAGAGCGUGAUGCUUGCAAUUGCUGCAACGCGGCUUGAACAGGAAGCGGCCGAUGCGAUAGCAGCCAAGGAGACGUACCUGAGUGACAACUGCCCAUCCCUUGAUUACCCCAGCAGUAUUGAGGACCUUCAGAAACUGUGCAAAGAGCUACAUUCGAAGAUUGACAUAGUUGAUGAGGACAGAUACGACGCAGAGUCCAAAGUAACGAAGGGAGCAAAAGAGGUUGAAGACCUGUUGUUCAAGGUAACAGAAUUGAAGGGUAUGAAGAAGCCAGCUCUGAAGAAAGUGCGCUUGUCCGCUGAUCAGAUGCUUCAGGCUCUGCUGGGCUCCAAGCACAAGGUCAGCAUGGACCUGAGAUCCAACCUGAAGCAGGUGAAGAAGGAGGUCAAGGAGGAGGCUGGAGACGCUGUUGGUGACUGGCGUAAGAAUGUUGAGGACAAGGCUGGCAUGGGUGGCAGGAUGAAGAUGUUUGAGGGAGCUGAGGCCUAAAUGUGAGAGCCUCAAGAAGCUGGUGGAUGGAUUGGCGGGAUGGAUGUCAGGAAGAGGAUGUGUUCAGACGUUGAGAAUUUUUUUUUUCUCCAACAUUCUUUUUUUUUGUUGAUGAAACAUGUUUUGUUGUACAAAUGUACGGAUAGCCGAUGUACGUCAGUUACAGUGAAGUCAUUAAAAUAUCACUUUUAAGGUCACUUUCUCCUCUGGCUUUUCAAUGCAUGGAUUUAGUAGAUUUAGUAGACACUUUUCCCCUUCUCCUAGCCUCAGGUUAUGAGCCUUUCCACCAGAAGAUGUCAAUAGAGUUCAGAUUCUCUCUCUCUCUCUCUUGCUGUCUGUCUCUCACUCUCCAUGUCCGUUUCUCUCUCUCUCUCUCUCUCUCUCUGACAUGCACACAGACACAUACCCACAUACUCACCCUUUCUCUCCUUUCUUCUCACUCUCUUAUGCCCUCUUUGGGGCUCUUUUAAGGACACUGAAAUGUAAGCCUAUCUUGUUGAGGUAAUGAGAUCCUGCAGAGUUCUUAUUUAGUAAAGCAUGUUUGCUGUGCAAGUGAAAGCUACCAAGAAUGUUGACCCAGUUGAAUUGUCCUUAUGGUAAGUUCACUCUUAUUGACCAGAAAAAGAAAUUGAAACUUUAAAAAAGAAAUACUGUACAAUGCACUGAAUCAGUUUAAAUACCAAAUAAUGUAUUCCAUAGUUAAACCAAACCAAACUUUUGCACAAUAUUUCUUUAAUCUAUUUCAUUAAUCUAUUUAUUUAUUCACGUGUGAGUCGUAUCAAGUAGUGGCA